CGUACUUGUUGAUGCACUUCCCAGUCCAGGCAGAGGCGAGUGUUCGUGCUCUGCUCCCUCAUUGGAUAACGGCUCGUAGUACAAAAACCAUUAUCUGCCUGACUUUUGUAAAGUGUCUGCCGUUGUCGAAAUGGCAAGCAACAUCGUCAGAUUAAAGGGACUGGAUAAAAAAGCGAGCGCCGAGGACAUCCGAGACUUUUUUAAACGCUUCCACAUUCCGGGCGGUGGCGUCUACAUCCUGGGAGGACCGCAGCGAGAGGCGUUUGUUGCCUUCACCUCCGAGGACGAAGCUCGGCGAGCCGCCCGCUACACUGGGCGUCCCCUUAAAGGCUCCAAGGUGGAAAUACGGCGGAGUAAUAUUUCAGAACUGGAACACAAGCUUAAGUACUUUUUGAAGAGGAGGAAUCGUUCAUCCAGUAAGUCAGUUUCAAAGCCUACAAAGACACUUGAAGGGACUCUGACGCCCUCUAGUGUUCACCCACAGAGCUCACGUAAUGGACUCAGUGAUCCAAGAACUGUUUUAACCCUUUCCCCCAUGAAUUCAUCUUCUGAUACUAGUGGAUUUCUACAGACUUCCGACAAGCCUCAAAAUCCCUUAACGUCCCCACCUUUUGUCACGGGUGAUUGUCCACAGCCACACAGCCCCAGGAUAUCUCCGCCUUUAUUGCCCAAACCAGACAAUCCCAAAUCUGUUCCAUUUUGUGUCCUGGGUGGAUGUCCAAAGACUCUUGACAAUCCACGCACUCCCAGAACCAUUCCACAUUUUGUUGCUGGUGGGUCUCCGCCACAGGUGUGUGAUGAGCGACAAGAUCCCAGGUGUGCAAAGACUCCUGAUAAGCCACACCAUCCCAGAACCAGUCCACCUGUUGGUCUCAGUAAGUGUCCACAGCAGCCAUCUUCAGAGUCUUUACACGAUGCGUUUUUUCUCGGUGUUUUCACCGCGCUGGAACAGCUCCAGUCUUGGAAUCGAAAUGAGCACCAGGAGAUUUUGCCAGGACUUGACUGGCAGGAUCCUAACAAGGAGAACCCACCAGAACACACGCAGACAGCAACAGUGACCACACCACCACCAGGCUACUUGAGGCUGUUUGGAGUGCCAGGCUCCACCACUAAGGAGGAUAUCUGCUCUUUCUUUGAAGGGCUGAGUGUCCAGGAAGUGGUGGUCAAUGUGAAGUUACAACACCGUCGCGAGUGCCUUGUCAAAUUUGGGGAUGUGGACGAUGCUCUUGACGCUUUGCAGUUUAACCGUCGGUCCAUGGGGAAUGUUUGUGUGGAGAUACACAGCGCAACCGAGCUAAUGUGGACCAAAGCGUUAGAAGAAUGUGAAAAUGCAGCAGUGAGGCGUGCCAAACCCAAGCAAAGCUCUCUCACAUACACGCAGAAACACAAACGGAAGGCCAGACUGAACAGUCCCAUGGCGAUUAAGGAGUACAUUGUCAUGGUCUGCAAUAUAUCUGUAAAGACAACCAAGACAGAAUUAAGAAAACUGCUUGGAUAUCCCGAGAUGGCAAGUUCCAAUAUACAACACUUGCUUGACAAGAACCGCUGCAGGACAGACACCGCAUUUCUAAUUUUUAACCGAAAGGAAGACUUUGAACACGCACUGACACACGACGGCUGCUGCAUCUUCUCAAAACCUAUUAAAGUGUCAGCUGUUUCCAGAGAGGAGAUGAAUCAGAUGCUGGCACAAAAAGACCACCCAGAGCCCAAGUAUGGCGUGAAGGCCCCUAAAUCAGCAGAGAAAGCAAGAGGGAAGAAACUGAAGAACCUGGAUCCAGAAGCUAAAUCUUGCCUGCUGGUUGAAAACCUGCCUGUAGAUACAAAUGAAAGCCUUAUAAUUGACCUUUUCAACAAAUAUAAAAGAUAGGAGACAAAACCCUUUUAAGCAACAGCAAGUUUCCUCCUGCACGGGCAUGGUGCUUUAAAUCCCAGAAACUUUCUGUGAUGGCCCACAAGCUCAGUCAGGACUUGUUUGGGGAAAACUGUAAAUUGCAUAUCUGCAAAACAAAGGGCCAUCUUGUCAAGUGUUAAAAAGAUGUGCAUUAGUACAACACUGCUAGUCUUGGUGUGUGGUCAUGUACAAAUCUAAUCUUGUGUUGAAACUUGAGUUAAUAAGUUACAUGCUAAGUUAGUCUCCUAGAGUUGGCCAGCAACAGGCUCUUUUUGGACCAAGUGCCACUUCAGUACCACCAAUGACAAUCGUGGGAUUUUUCCAGUACUGUUCCGCCCCCUCACAAGGACACUUAUUUUCUAUAAGCAAGCAGAGUGAACUUGACAACAGCUUGAAUGUAAUUGUUUACUUCAAAUGAACAAUUAUUUGAGACAUGUUGCUUCCAUCAGAAGAAGUGUCUGAAAACUCUUAAAAGUGAAAGAUUCAGAAGUUUUUUUUUUAAUAAACUAAAAUAAAAAAAUAAAAAGCGUUAAUAUGUACAACAAAAGUGACUCCUGAAUGUUCACUGCUAAUGGACACCAAGUGAAGAAAAGGACCGCAGGAAUCCUCAUGUCUAGAAUCUGAGGGGACCAUCAGAGUAACAAGAUGGACCUGCAGACAAACAGCAUCGGGAAAGACUGUUAAAACGGCAGCAAGAAAAGUUGCAGGAAGAAAUCCAAAAGCAGUUGGUCUACAGUUCAAGUUGGUUAAAAAUUUCAACGUAAAUGAUACGAUGAAAUGGCUUAAGUUCUUACUCCAUCUGCAUUUGAAUCGGUGUCAUGACUGGAGGUGAACUGUGUCAAGUGUACCUUUAGGUAAGGGCCGAGAAUAUCUGUCACUGCUUCUUGGCAAGCUAGAGGACAUUGAGGAGAAACUGGAGUUCAUUGACAAGCUGCUCAUACUAGGACCCUGUGGGGAAUGGAGAUCAUAAAGUCAUUCAUUCAUACAAAGUCAUUUAUUCAUACUAGAAUCAUAUUCCAACUGUGUCCUUUAAAAAGCCUCAGCAUGCAAGGAGACAAACUAGGGUUGCAACUACUGAUUCUCUUAAGAGUACCGAAAUUUCCGGAGUAUAAGCCGCUAUUUUCUCACGCUUUGAACCCUGUGGCUUAUACGGUGAUGUGGCUAAAAACUACAGUUCCCAUGAUGCUCAGAGUGCAGCUUCAAGAAGAAGUGAAUUGCACGAGUGAAGUGGAUGCUAAUAUCAUGUUCUGAAGUCUUACACUGACCGAUCAAGUGGACCGCAGCAGAUGUUGAACUCUGAUGGAAAAAAAAGCAUGUAAUCGGAGCGUGACGGAAUGCGUGACGCUGGGUACGUUUGAGUGGAGGCAGGAUUGCAAGGUUUAGUGUGUGUCAAAAAAUACAAUAUCACCAAUGGGUUUCGAAAGGCUGGACUACUGUGUGAUAAAGACGACAGCUCAAGCUAAAGGGCUAAUUUGCCUCAAGACAAAAGAGAUGGAAAAAGUGUGUAAUGAAGGAAUACGAGGCUGUCCAGCUAUGAAGAAGACGACUUAAGUGGUAUUAGUUCCAGGGAGGAGGAUAAACGCGGGGACGAACAACUUGUGGUAGGCUACUGUUUUAACUACCGUAUUUUCACGACCAUAAAGGCGCAUUUAAGUCUUAAAUUUUUUCCAAAAUGGCCUUAUUGCCUAAGUGUGCACCGAGACCGUAACAAAUGUGUGACUUUGAUGAGAGCGCCGCUUGACUGACUGGGAGCAUUUCCUGCCGACACGCUGCUCAUAUAGAGGAAAGGCGGACGUGACUGAGGACAGCAUGCGGACGCUAAAGGCACACACUCAGUAGGUAUAUGGUGCCGGUAUGUGCAUGGUGCAAAACAUCGGUUUGAUUAAGUACCCCGAAAAGGGCAAGUUACGCCAUAAUUUGUGAAUAGAUUGUGGAUGCUUGGGCUAACGUGUCUGAUGCACUGUUGCUCGAGCUUUCGCAAAAGCCUGCAUCAUUUCUGAGGAGCUGCACGGCAACGAGACUGACUGACAAUGACGAGAGGGAACCUGCCGUGUUGGAUGGAGAACUUCCCCAGCUGCUCAUUUCGGAUACAGAGAAUGAGGACUUUGAUGGAUUUGUAGAUGAGGAUUCAUGAAAAAAAUAACGCGAGUACAUUGUUAAAUACUUCAAUGAAGUACAACCGAACUUACUGUUUUACAUUGUUAAAGACUCAAUAAAGAACAACCAACCAAACUCAGUUUUGCUCCCGCUUGCCUGUUAUACUGGCAUAUGUUUUAAGCAUGCAUACAUGCUACCGUAUAUUUUAAGCUAGCGUAUGUUUUACCAUGCCCGCGCCCAAUAUACUGUGUGCCUUUAAGUAUGUGUUUAAUACAGAAAUAGCACCGAUAACUGAGACUGCCGCCUUAUGGUCGCCAAAUUACACACGCUGUUGUGCUGUUUGGGGGAAAAAAUAUUUGUGUAACAUAUGUGUACUUUUAUCCCAUGUUACGAUGUAGACACUUGUGGCCUAUAUACAGUCGCCCCUCGCUACAUCGCGGUUCAAAUAUCACUCAUAAGUGGCUUUUCAAAUAUUGGUAGAUAAUCCCGGUUUCGUGGUUGACUAUGCCCUAUUAUUUUGUCCUUCCUCAGUUUCAAACCCAUUCUUACAUUUAGGAUAAAUAAAUUGGAGGCUAACUAGUUAGCUCAGGCUACAGUAUUGCUAUAUUUAAAGCGGUGGCCGUCCCUUGUGUCACUUCAGAGAUGCUGUAGCCUGUGCAAUGUGAUGUAAACAAAGCUAGCAGUCUUGUCGCAGUGUACAUUUAUGUAUGGCAGACGCAUGGCAGAAUAGCAUGAAUAUAUCAAUCGAGUGAUAAACGUCAUAGUGACGCAAUAGGCCCACUUUGUUUGAGCUACAAGAAACUUUGCCAAUGCUAACAGUGAGUUGUGUCUUAUAUGCUUAUGUCUACUACAUUAGGUAAUAAGAGUAUAAAAGUGACUAUAAGUGUGUUAGUUCAUAUUGACAGGUUUUCUAUUCUAUAACUAUGAAAAUAUUCCAUUGAUUAAUAUUGAAUUCUACUUUGCAGAAAUUCACUUUUCGCAGUUGGACCCAAUUAACUGCACUAAACGAUGGAUGACUGUGUACAAAUCUUUUCCCCCUCUUUAAAUUUAGUGGGUGCGGCUUAUAUACUUGUGCAGUGCACGUAAAAUGCGUACGUUGGCAGGUCUGUAUUGUGUGAAACUGAUUAAUUGCAUCUUGAAGUAACUCUGGCAAAAUAAAGUGCUGAUACAUUUUCCCAAUUAAUUCAGAAAUGCCCAUACCUAGCGUGUACCAUGACUUGGUUCAGAUUAUGUAAGUGUGACACACGGCAAAACAAGGGUUGUAGCUGCUUACUGCAGAUGAUAUACUCCUCAGUCUGAACUCCAUCAGCAGAUCUGUUAGUUUCUGUGUCACCUUCAGCACCAACUGUGCGUCUUUCUCAUUCUCUAUACGGAAGGUAUCCUGAAAACACAAAUGUACUGUAACGAUAUGGCAUGCCAGUUACACGGUGUUGCAGGAAUGUUGUGGAUGCAUCAAAGCACCUACCAGGUAAUCAAGCAGUACAUUUGAAUCGAAGCCACUGUCUGGUGUUGGCUGCAUGGGGCUUUGUCUGCCAAACGGCUUCUUCACAUCUAUGUCCAUUAACCUGCCCCCCAUUGUGGGGCUUUGGUACUCGUCAAACAUUUCAUCAGGGUUAAAGCGACCUUGUUCGCGAUUGGCUCUAAAGUUAUCUCCCGGCCCAUCUGGAUAUGAUCCUGGACCCAUACCAGAGUCUGGGAACCCAUGAUCAGAUGGAAAUCCUUCAUAGUCUGAUGGCUCAAAUUCCCCAGGAUAUUCUUCGUAAGGACCUUCAUUUGGAGGAAAGUCGUCGUGAAACGACUGCUCAUUGAACAUUGGACCUGGGAAACAAGUGUUCUGUAAAAUCAGUUACAUCAAACAAGGAAUACACACAAUGGGAUGGCCAAACGACUCACUAAAGGGUGGCCCAUUUGGCCCCAUUCCUGGUCCUGGUGGGGGCAAGGCCUUCGGAACGGCAGUAGCUGAGAACAGAAAGAAGAUGUAGCCGAACCAGUGAACCCAAUAAGGAAUAUUUUAUGUAGAGCGACUGUCGUAUAACUUACGCAAUCCUUUGAAAGCAGGUAUGGUACAGGGCUCCUUUAUGGCGACCUAAAAGAUCAUCAGUCCAAACAUGAAAAAUGGGAUCCGGGUCCGUAAUAUACUGGACACACUUACAACAAGGCAUCUACAGACAAUUAAUCCACCCUCACAAAUAAGAACAGUGCCUCGCCUUGAGUUGUCCUCUCCCCUCCAUCUUCUCCACUUCCGCUGUAACAUCUUUAAUCUUCUUCCUUAGGGUGGCAUCUUUGACGCACUCCUCUUCCUCACACGUGACCUUAUCAGCGUGUUCCCUUUUCUGCGUACCAGGGAACGGCAUUUUAUUGUUUAAUCCUUUGUUUGAAUCUUCUGAAUGCCUUAUAUUUGUACUUAAGUUCAUUUAGCCAUUUUUAUGCUUGAAAAUGCUUAAUUUAGGCAAAACAUACGUAAAACUGCGAAGUGGGGAGGGACAACUACCUUGUCCCUUUAUUAAAGAAACUAAAAAUUUCUGUUCUUCAUUGCAGAACUGAAAACUGCUCUGUCCUGAGACAGGAAGCAGGUGCCUUCGCUUAGCUGUAAAUAUAACCACAUAUCCUCCUGCAAUGUGCACAUUUACACAGGAAGUUGUGCAAGGUUGUACAGCAGUUCAGCGUUCCUCUUCUACAGCCUGCCAGUUUGCUUCCUGUCACGUUGAAUUAUUUAUUUGCAAGAAUAAAACACAUAACAAAUUAACUUAGAGCUUUAUUAAAGAAACAUUUCCACCAAAAUAACCUUAUCUUCUUUACACCACUGCAGGCACGUCAUUAUUGUGUCUUUUGCAAUCAUUCUGACUUCUCUAAGCGGCACCUGAGAAUGUGCGCAACUGUGUCCAAAGAUGUAAACUGACGAGAAACAUUGCACUCAACUGUGAUUGCUAGGGUACAAUAAUUGCAGUGGAACUUUGGUUAGUGUCCGCCCCGGUUUGCAUGUUUUUCGCUUCUCCGGUUAGCGUACAAUAUGAUGCGUCUUUUCGUGUUAAUACACAGUGUGAGUCCAACUGUAUUUUUAAAUGUAUUUAUCACAAAACGUCCUUCCUUGUUAGCAUCCUACUAGAUCUGAAAGCUACUGUAUUUUCACGACCAUAAGCCGCACUUAAAAGUCUGAAAUUUUGUCCAAAAUGGACGGGGCGCCUUUUAAUGUGGCGCGCCUUAUGUGUGUACCGAGUUCCAAAAUCUUUAAGUGUUGCUGUGUGACUUUGAUGAACGCUCCGCUCGACUGACUGGGGGCCUCUCCUGACGACAUGCUGCUUACAUACAGUAGAGGGAAAGUGGACAUGACUGAGGACAGCAUGCCGACGUGAAAGAGGACGCUAAAGGCACACCCCCAGUAUUAUAUAGGUAUAUUUUAUGAAACGGCACCAUCUAUCCAUCUGGGUAAGGACUACCGUGGGGCAGCAACAUCCAGCGGAUUACAAGGAAAGCUGGCCAUCUUCUGCUCCUACUGCAGUAAAAACAUUGCAGACAAACACAUCCAGCCCAACUACAUCACCAACAUGGACGACGUGCCGCUCACUUUCGACAUCACGGUGAACCACACUGUAGAGAAGGGGACCAGCAUGGUAGCAAUACACACAACAGGGCACGAGAAGUCGGUUUUUACUGUUGUGCUUUGUUGCCAUGAUAAUGAACAGAAACUGCCACCCGUGGUGAUUUUUAAGAGGAAGACGCUGCUUAAAGGUAAGUUUCCAGCCGGACCAAUCAAAAGCGUUGGAAGGAUGAGGAGAAAAUGGCUGAGUGACGUGUACGGAAAGAGACCGGAUGUUUUUUUCCCCACGCGUCCCCGUCCCUGUGUAUCUGACUCAAUCGCCCAUCUCACAGCCGCUGUGAAAAACCAAGUGCUGCAAAAGGAACUCGGAGCUUGACAUCAUUCCGGGAGGCUUGACGAAGGAACUCCAACUACUGGACAUCGGUGUAAACACAGCGUUUAAAGUGAAGUUGGGAGCAAUAGAUGACAGCUAGCAAACACAGCUUCACUAAGACUGGGAGGCAGCCCCGUGCGAGUUACGCCACAAUUUGCGAACGGAUUGUGGAUGCUUGGGCUAACGUGUCUGAUGGCACUGUUCGAGCUUUCGCAAAAGCCAGCAUCAUUUCUGAGGCCCCACACGGCAGCAAGACUGACUGAAAAUGACGAGAGGGAACCUGGCGUGUUUGAUGGAGAACUUGCCCUGCUGUUCAUUUGGGAUACAAAAGAUGAGGACUUUGAUGGAUUUGUGGAUGAGGACUGAUAAAAUAACGUGAGUACAUUGUUGAAUGCUUCAAUAAAAAGUACAACCGAACUCAGUUUUGCUCCCGCUGGCUUUUUAAAAACAUACAAUAGCAUGCAUGCUAGCGUAUUGUAGCGUCGCUGGGAGCACUUCCUGUUCGCCAGCGUGCUUUGCAGUACUGUUUUGGUGCAAAUGCUCUUAAAGUUACAUGUUUGAGCUACAUAGUUGUUAGUUAUUGUUCUGCAAAAAUAGCGGUAGUGUCUAUUCUGUUUUUGAGUUGCUGUGUGAUGUUUUUAGUUGUGCACCAUGACAGACUGUUGUGUUGAGUGAUGACUGUCCUGACUUUAAAUGGGUUUGAUAAGCUGAAUGACAGUUCUGCUCUUAAUCUGUCUAACGAAAUGUCGCUUCCUCACUGACUUUUGAGCGACACGGUAUGUUUUAGCCUGCAUGCAUGCUACGUAUGUUUGACCAUACCUGCGCCCAAUAAUAUGGUGCGCCUUGUGUAUGUGUUAAAUACAAAAAUGGCACCUGUAACCGAGACUGCACCUUUUAAUACGUUGCGCCUUAUGGUCGUGAAAAUACAGUACUUGCCCUUCUAUGUCACGUUUUUUAUAGUUUACAAUUAUAGCUUUACAAGUAAAAACAUUUCUAAAUGCAUAUAAAUUACAAGAAAAUAAAUUCAAAAAUGUUUUGUGUUACAUUUAUUUCUGGAACAAAUUAACGCUAACCAAGGUUCCACUGCACCUUAGUUAGUGCCAAAAGAAAUUAUUUUUAAACUACAGUUUCACUUCUGUGAGGAUGUACCUGGACAAAACGCUGAUAAAGUCUUGAGUUCCAUUCCAUGAAAAAAGCUUGGUAACUACAAUAUGUAUUUUAUUGUGGCUGUACACAAAUUGUCAGAAAACACGCUCUGUCAACAGAGAGCUUAUUGGUCUUCUGAAAUUUCUGCCUCAGUAGGUACUGCUGUUUUAGUUAGCAAGAGUCAGUAACACACUAAAGGGUAAUAUGAAGUCAAAGUAAAACGCAUUUACAACCUCCUUAAAAAAAAAAAAAAAGAGGCAUUUGGGUUGAGGUGUUGAUUUAUGGCCAUUCAACUCCAAGAACAGACAUUUCCCUCAACUGAACUCAACUACUCACCAAGUAUCGCAAGUUGUGUUUCCAGCUUUUCACGUGAGCAACCAUAUCUUGCAGUAAGCGGGUCACCGAGCAAAUUUUGCACAGAUAAUGCGGCGGCACUGUCUUACUGGGGCUGCGGUACUCCCACACAUACUGAAGACCUGCAAACAUAUCAUAUGUGCAUUUUGUCAAAGACCAGUCCAAGUCUAUUGAUGAGCAAAACCUUUUGCUUACCAAGCAUAGGCUCUAUGAUCCUGUUCAACACUUUGCCGAGAGAGGGCACGGUCUGGAAAGAUGAUCCUUUGGCAUAUACUGGCACAACACAACAAUGGUUAGUGCGAAAAUAGAAUAGGGAUGUACAAAAUAUCAAAAGUAAGGAAAGAAUGAAGAAAAUGUGGUUCUUGUCCUACUCCUUCCUGGGAAAUGUGAUGCCAGUUUUAAUUUUCUUCCAUCUGUAUUAACUCGACAACCAUUCAGAAUGCAGCCUGCUGGUCUGCUGUGAGGCUCAGAGGUAGUAACAGCUUGGUAGCCCUCUGCUCGUCAUGGCUAAGACCAGAGCAAUGCAGCACAGGACACUAUGGUGCAAUGCUCCCCACUGUGUGCAAGCACAUCUCAGUGUGUUACAAAUCAGUCACUUCGCAUGAUGUGCAGCGCAUAGGGAACACCAUCAGUAGUACUGUUGUAAAAGUGCUCCUCAGUUCCAGUAGCAAAAAGUGUAUGAAGGGCUUCUCAGCUUUCAUGCAAGAUGCAUGGAUAUAUUGCCCCCUAGUGGCGUAACCUGCUUAUGGCAGCUACUUGCAAGGAAAUUGGGGACACAAUUUAAUUCAGUUGUAGACAACCUUUUGCUGUGGACUGCCACUUUAAAAUGUCUUUUGUAUCGCAAUACAACCAAAACUAAAAACUUAAAAUUAUAUUAUAUCCACCGGGAGGUGCUGGACGAAGUGGCCGGGGAGAGGGAAGACUGGGCUUCCCUGCUUAGGCUGCCGACCCCGGGACCCGACCUCGGAUAAGCGGUAGAAGAUGGAUGGAUGAAGCUGCACUCAGCCUUAGUUUAUCUGCUAACGCCACUGUUGUGGCAGUUAUUACCAACUCAAUCAUGGUAAGGCUUGUAUAUUACAUAAAACCCAGUUGGUCCUCAUUUGUGAAGACCAGCUAGCCGCUUGCUAUUUAUUUGUUUUGCUUCCAUUGGCUUUAGUCAGCGUGAUUCCUGACUGGUUUCAGUUUUGUUCCAUGUGACAAUCAUGGAGUUCGAGGCUCGGCUAUCCUCAGUAUUUUCAUUUGCGAUCGUAAAUAUUGAGCAGGUUUAAUAUUUACGACUGUUGACCCCCGACUUUGGUCGGAAGGAGGGAAUCGGGCUCACAAUGGGUCCGAUUAGGGAUUUAAGUCUGACUGGGAUCUAGGCCGUGUGCCAUUGAUUAGGCCACUGUGCACACAUGCCUUUGGGUGCAGACCCCUGACCAGAACGAUUGUGAUCUCAGUAACUUUAUAGGCAAUGGUAUGCCUGUUAAUCCGCUUUUCAUUUAAGUCUGGCAGGCCUAAAAUUAAACCCAUUGCACAAUUUGAACUUUUCACAUUCAGAUGGUCCAUUAAGCCUUGUAAAGCAGUUGAAAGAGUCAUCUUAGCCAGAUGGCUGGUGUCAAUAUGGAGCAUGGGACUGCAAAUUGUUUUAAUUUUUAGACAAAUAAUUCGAUGUCAAAAUUCUGCCUUUGGUUUCAGCAUAUGACACUGUCCAUGCUAAGAUUUUUUUUCUUUUUUUUUUGCAAUUUCAAGGUUAAAAAUGCAUACCUGCUCUGCACAAUGCAAACAGGUUGACAAGUCUGCCACAUAUUGGCAAAUUAUGUUUUACAUUUAUUUCUGCAACAAAAAGUACUGGUCUCCCUUGAACAAGAGCAUCGGAUGGCACACAACAAGCCCGAUCUCUGAGAGUAUCAGAGUGGUGGACCUGCCACCACCUCCAUCAUAUGAAGCAGGGGGACAUCAAGGUCCCAAGCUUCAAUCCUCUCAGCGCAGGCAGCGGUACCAUGUAUGGAAGACUUACCUAUGUCAGCAGCCUGCUGCAGAUACUGCUUUCCCUGUCAGAGGAGGGAAUAAGUCCACAUAAAGGAGAGAGACAUACAGGCAUUAGUGACACCAUGACACCUAGCUGUGGACCAAACUCCUCAUUGAUGUACACUACACCUCAUGACUGCCCUGCAUCAGCAAUGGCCUGUCAUGGAUACGGGUGUACAAAUUCUCAUCAUGUGAGAAUGUGCAUUGGGUUCAAAGGCUACACAGACAUUCAGUGAAUGAGUUACAUAGGUAGGCCAGUCACAACAAAACAUUGAGGUCAAGACCUCAAUCUCAAUCAUAUCAUAGAGACAUGUUGAGAAAAAAAAACUAUUUAACCUUUUACCACAAUUUUACAGUCCAUUGAGGAUGCGUUCACACUUGUAGCCUGGUCCUAUGGUCCAGACCAAAACAUUUAAAAAGAUACUUGGUGACUUUAGCGUUCACACUUGUAUUUUGUCAGCAGACCAAAUAAUGCUCACUCACCAACGCCUGGUUAUGGUCGCAUUUGCUGACAUCAUAUCGCAGUUGGCGUUCACACUUGCCUCACUCGGGACUACAGUCCGCUGGCAGGCAGACCAAGACCCAUCUCUCAGGCGGUCUCGGUCCCACGUGGUGCGGUCCUGAACAGCGUUCACUCUUGACCAAAUGAACGGUGUAGCGGGGCAAACGGGCUAGAGCCCGUUUUAACCGGACCAAAAGUGACCAAAAGUGUGAACACACCCUAUUAGUAUAUAGAGUUAAGACGACUGUAAACAUUUGGAAUUGACACAUCGGUGCUGAAGUGUCUUUCAUCUGAUUGAGUAGAUGUCGGCAUGCUGCCUGUGUGCAAGAAUAGUCACCUAUAACGCAAUAUGGUGCUGACAAUGAUUGAUUUCUCUCAUGCAGCUGUUUUUGGGGGUUGUGUAUAUCUUUGGCAUUUGCAACAUGUUUUUGACCUUGCAGCGUUUAUGUGAUGGCAGCAUAGUGGUACCUCAGUUAACGCGUUUUUCGGUUAACGACCAAAAUUUUGCCUUGGCUUGCAUUCGCCCACUUCUUUAGCAUCCAAAUACUGUCCGGUUUGUUUACGCCGCCAUCUUGAGUCACGCGGCCAUGAUGAAAUCUCACAAUACUUUUAGGUUGUUUUAUAUCAGUUGAAGAGAGAUACAGUACACGACGUAACAAACACAUGGACUGCACAAAAGAGAAAGGCCAUGGACCGUACCGCAAGUAAGACCUCCGAAUUUUAUGCCUUAAAGUGAAGACAGCCAUCAUUUCAGAGGUACGUAAAUGAUGUAAUUGUGAUGAGAGUCUAUCAACCCGGCAGCGCAUCGAGUGUGACAUGGUUUCUGGUUCCAAAAACAAACCACAUCAUAAGCAUUAAAACUUACUGUGGCAUUUUUGCGGCAUCCUGAGUCUAAACAUAGCACACGUCACCACCAUGCCGUUAGUGCCAGCAGUUUUUUU